AUGCUUGUCAAGAGCAUCCGAGCCACCAGCCAUAUAGCAGAUCUGAGGGAGACCUUCGAGACGCUGAGGAGUCACAAGAUGAAGCUCAAUCCGGCAAAGUGUGCUUUUGGCGUUUCCUACGGGAAGUUCUUGGGGUUUAUGGUUUUGCAAAGAGGAAUCGAGGCAAAUCCCGAGAAGGUCAGCGCGGUCCUCAGUAUGCAAUCACCUCAGACGACCAAGCAACUGCAGAAAUUGAUCGAAAAAAUAACAACCUUAAACCGGUUCAUCUCCCGAUCCACAGACAAAUGUCUCCCAUUUUUCAAGAUACUGAGGAAAGCAUUCGAAUGGAAUAGAGAGUGCAAUGAGGCUUUUGGGAAGUUAAAAGAAUACUUGGUCAAUCCCCCGCUCCUGAGCCGCCCGGAUGAAGGCGAAAUACUUUAUCUCUACCUGGCGGUAUCACCCUCGGUUGUAAGCUCAGCUUUGGUUCGCGAGGAUUCAGGGAUCCAAAAACCGGUGUAUUUCACCAGCAAAGCACUUCAUGGAGCCAAGGAGAGGUACCCCUGGAUAGAAAAGUUAGCAUUCACCUUAAUUGUCUUGGCACGAAGACUCAGGCCAUACUUCCAAGCACAUGCCAUUCGGGUACUGACCGAGUAUCCAAUGAAGAAGAUAUUGCAAAAACCGGACCUCUCAGGCAAGUUGGUGAACUGGUCGGUGGAGCUCGGGCAAUUCGACAUAGAACUCCAUCCUCGAACAUCCAUCAAGGGUCAGGUACUAGCUGACUUCCUUCUGGAAUUCAAUAAUACACCCGAAAGCGAAGAACUACCCAAGAAGGAGACCUGGGUGGUAUAUGUAGACGGUUCCUCAGCCAACUGGAAAAGUGGAGUCGGCGUUGCUCUUGCAAGCCCGGAUGGAGAAAAAUUUCAAUAUGCAAUCAAGUUAAACUUCAUUACCACCAACAACGAAGCAGAAUACGAGGCCGUAUUGGCCGGGCUCUCUAUAGCUCGGGAAAUGGGAGCAAAAAAUGUAAAAAUCCGAAGCAAUUCCCAGGACCGCCAUGACAAAAAUUCCCCGGGAGGAAAUGUCCAGGCAGAUGCCCUCUCCAAGAUGGGCUCGGGUACCAGACCUGAUGUCCAAACAUCAGCCUACGAGGUGGUGAUACAAACCGAACCAUCAAUUACUCCUAAUUUAGACGUGAUGGAAACCGAAGAAAAAUCAACCGGCCCCGAGUGGGCCACUGAUGUAGUUCAGUACCUCCGAGACGGAUCUUUACCCAGGGACAAACUGUUGUCUCACAAAGUAAAAACGCACUCAGCUCGGUACGUGCUUAUUGGAGGAGUACUUUACCGAAGAGGAUACACCGAGCCACUUCUCAAGUGUCUCACGAACUCGGAGGCAGAGUAUGUGCUUAAGGAAAUACACGAAGGAGUCUGCGGGAACCAUUCAGGCUCUCGGAUGCUAGCACACAAAGCAAUGAGAGCACUAGCCAACAAUGAACAAGGACUCCGUCAGGCUAGUUCAACAAUGCGACAAGUGUCAAAGGAGGUUGACAUAGUCGGACCCAUGCCACUGGGAAAAGGAAGGCGGAAAUUCUUUCUUGUCGCUGUAGACUAUUUCACGAAGUGGGCCGAAGCUGAGGCAUUCGCUACCAUCACCACCGCCAACGUGAUAAAAUUUCUUUGGAGCUCGGUCGUAUGCCGUUUCGGCAUUCCCCAUGCCUUUGUUACCGACAAUGGAAAGCAGUUUGACUGCGGACCGUUUCGUAAAUGGUGCGCGGAACUUCAGAUUUGA